AUGGAAGCCCUGGGCCUUUUGUUCGACUUGUUCGACAACAGCACCCUUGAUCCAGACGCCCCCAUCAUUGGUCCCUUGAUCUCAGAAGUGCUGAUCGAGACUCCUCUGGGCCCCAUGAAGCUGGCAGCGAUGUCCAUGGAAUCCUUGAGCGUCGCACCUGGUGGGAAGGUGAACAUCAGUGGGGGCCCUGACACAGGUUUUCAAUUGGAGGUGGGUCAGCACAACUUGGCGCAAAUCAUUUCUUGCCCUGAGAUGUUGGGCGUGAGCUGCAUCGAGGGUCCUGUGGUGAUGAACAUCCUUACCAUGAAUGAGAACGCUUCAGCCAACUUGCGCAAAGACAACGUGCUGGCUGAUGAACGGGUGCGGCGAUUGGCCGAAGGUGAAGGUGCAUCGACAUUACAAUCAAAGCCAGCUUCCAUCAACUUUUGGACCCGCAAAGGCAGCAAGAUUCCCGUCUCCGGGCUGUAUCCACCCAUGCUGAUGGUUCUGGAAGUGGACCGGCCCGGUGCAACCUGCGCCUACUGGGACGAAAAAGUUGCCAAGUGGUCCGAAGACGGGGUGGCCACCGUGGCCACCGUGGCCACCAUCCAUUGCGUGUACCACCAGGCACUUGUCAAUCUUUGGAGGCAUCCUGAGCACUAUCGUUGGCAAUAUUGUUUUGGCACU